GAAAUAGAACGUGUGUUCUAUUUCGCAUGUAAACAACACACGCAUCCAUUCGAUUGUGCAUGAUACCGACAGAACGCCAGAGAAUAAUAGCCGAAUAUUAGGGCAUGUCUUUUUUCGCAUAAAGGGUCUUUUAUGUGAAUAGAGCAAUGUCGAUGGAAGACCCGUUUUUUGUUGUGAAAGGGGAGGUCCAGAAGGCGGUGAACACUGCCCAGGGUCUGUAUCAGAGAUGGACCGAACUGUUGCAGGACCCUGGUAGUGCCACUAAAGAGGAGAUCGACUGGACCACCAAUGAGCUGAGGAACAGCUUGAGGUCUAUAGAAUGGGAUCUUGAGGACUUGGAUGAGACCAUUAGUAUUGUGGAAGCAAAUCCACGGAAGUUCAAUCUUGAUUCCAUGGAGCUGAACAAGCGGAAAGCUUUCAUAACCAACACAAGGCAGACUGUCAAGGAUAUGAAAGAUCAAAUGGCAAAUCAGGCCAUGUCUCUGUCAGACAAGAAAAGCAGACAGACUCUGAUGGGAGAAGGAGGGUCGCGUGGACCGAUCUGGCAACCGGGAGGAGAUAAAUACACACGUCUAGACCGAGAACUGCAGUCAGCCAACUCUCAGUUUAUUGACGAGCAACAAUCUCAGCAACAGCUCAUGGCGGAGCAGCAGGAUGAGCAGUUGGAGCUGGUGUCAGGGACCAUUGGCGUAUUGAAGAACAUGUCUGAACGGAUUGGACAGGAGCUGGACGAACAGGCAGUAAUGCUGGAUGAUUUUUCUCAUGAGAUGGACAAUACCCAGUCCAGGUUGGAUAAUAUGAUGAAAAAGCUGGCUAAAGUUUCCCACAUGACUAGUGACCGGCGACAAUGGUGUGCUAUUGGCAUUUUGUUGGCCAUCCUAUUCGUUGUGAUCAUCCUCCUCAUUGUUCUGUGAGCUGCACUACGUUCCUGACCACCACAGCUUUCCUCAUUCCAACUGAAGAAUUGACUAAAACAAAGGUGCUUUAAGGAAAGGAAAUCGCCUUGGUCUCCACUCGUUCAGUCAUACUCUUACCUGCCGACUGUUGCGCUUACUUCUGCCACUCCAAAUACUACCUUUCUGGUACUUCAUCUUGUUUAGCUGUAAAUAUCUGUUAUGUCUUUUUGUUUGUUUGUUUUUUAAGUGUAAAAACCCUAAGCUCAGUAGGCUUACAGUUGUGCGUUCUGCUUCACUUACAUUUUCUGUAAGUGUGUUAGAAGUCAAACGAGAAUUGAAUUAGUGUCCUGAGUCCGGGUAACACUCAGUCUAGCUACUGUUACCUUUUGUGUUAAUUAAUGCUUUGGAGGGAUUUAUUGAAAUAAUAUUGGGCUAAUUUCCCACUGGAAAAUUCUAUGCUAAAAUGUCAUCGUUUGUCCUGUCCUGCUUGAUAACUGGUUUAUCAUAUACACCUACAGUACAGGUGCUGCAAAUUUAUCCAUCACCAAAAUAUCACCACUGACCCUUUUCUAAUGAUAGAAAAGGCAGUUGACAAAGUGUACAUGUCAACUACAUGUCACUACAGCAUACAGAGUGAUCUAACUGAUAAAGUUGCCAGUUAGGUCAGUGUAGGUAGAUGUACCUAAUGAUGAACUAACAGCUCAGUGCUGAUUCCAGUGAUAAUGUCUGCUGAUAAUUAAUGAAGUUAAAGAUCACUGAACACUGGUUUCUUGUUUUGGAACCAAAUUAUUAUUAUUUCUUUUUUAUCAAAGCGGGUAUUUGAUUAAUGGCACUAAUGAUAAGUUAACCACUUCCUACAUCUCUUUUGCAAAUGCUUAUGACUUUAUUUUCAUCCUGUCUCAGUUUUGUAGUAGAGAAUUAAUUUCAGACUGGAUGAGACUGACUGAAUGAGCUUGACUGGAACUUAUUUACUUCUAGCAUGUUUGAUUGUCAGGUCAGUAACUAAUAUAGAACUGGACAAUUAGCAGAAAAUUAAUGGUCUUGCUGCAUAAAGAUUGAUUUUUUUUUCCAAGUCAUGCAGCAGAGAGGUAAUUAUGCAGCUUCUUGAUUUAAAAACACUCCUGCCGGGCAUUUUCCCCUGAAAUGUUUUCAUAUUGCAUUGAUGUGCUUCAGCUCAAAGGCACUUAUUCCUAACAGGAGGAGUGAUGAAAUUCAUUUAAAAAACAACAACAAAACAUGGAGGCAGAUGAAGACAGUUCAGGAACUAUCAUCACAAAUGAAGAACAGCUUUAAACAGGGUUUAAACACUACUUUAUUCUCAUCCGUUUACAUACCUCAUUUUAAUACAUAAAGCAUGUGAAGAAAUCGUUUGCAGAUCAAGCUGAAAUCAGCUUUAUACGGCUCAAUGAAUUCUGCAUGGAAAGCUGAGCUGAAUUCAUUUUUAUCCAUCAAACUGUUCAGCUAAAAAUAUUAGGAGUGCACAUUUUAGUUCUGUCUUUCAGACAUUAUACGAUAUACUUACAAAGCAAAUAGGUGACUUAAACACCGCAAAAAUAUAUAGAUUGUUUUUAAGGAGAAUUAAGUUGUUAUUCCUACUACAAAAAAAGACUAAAUAUACAAUGACGUUGUGCUUUUCCCACUGCAGCUUCCAAACUUUUUACAACAGAAAUGGUUGUGAAAUGAUUGUGGUUGUCUAGUGGUUAAGGUUGGAAUACUGACCAGAAGGUCAUGAGUUUGAAUCCCAGGUCCACCAAGUUGCCACUGCUGGGCCCUGAGCAAGGCCCUUAACCAUCAGUUGCUCAGCUGUAUAAACUGAAAUGAAAUGUAUGUAACUCUGAAUAAGCGUGUCUGUUAAAUGCCAGAAAUGUUAAUGUCUUACCUGGACAGGUUAAGUAAAGUUUUCCAUGUUAAUAACAGCAAAAACAUGCUGUGGGCAGCAAAAACACACUGUGGAAUGUCUUUCCUUUCACCAUCUUCACUGUGAAAAUUACAGUUGUUUUUAAAUUGGUGGAGAUGAACCAACACCAUGCUGAGCACAAUUUCUCUCAUCGCUGCAGGUUUAAAGUCAAUCCUAAAGCAUAACGUGGUAGAGAAUUCAGUUUCCCCACAGACAUUUUUAAGGUAGGUUCAUAAACAGUAGUGCAUAACAUGGUCGUCGAUCAAACACUGGGUGGUGAAUUUCACCAUCACCAGCCAAUCUGGAUUGAUCAAAAUACACAUUCUGAGAUAAAGAGAAAACCCCAUGUCUGUGACCGCAAUGCAGGAUUAGGUAUUAUAGUAAAGUUAAUUUUUAAACAAGUUUAUCUCUUGAGCUUGUAAUUUUAGCAAAAUCCACAGGGAUCAAAUGAUCCGUCAAUCCACUGCAUUCAGAUGCUUUUGAUGACCAAAUAAAUGAUAAAGUAUCAUGUUACAUAAAAGGUAAAGUCUGAAAUGCCUGAUAACACCAUGUCUAUGGUAUCCUGUGAUUGAUAGGCUUAUAUGUAGGAUGUAGGACAGAAAGGCUAAUAAAGGCAAGUUUUUAGCAGUAGUGUAUUGACUGUAGGUUCUGAUAGAUGUUCUACUGGCCCUUGCUUGGGCCAGGUCUUGUUUCCCUAAAUAUGCAGUGGAAAAACUUCAUUUCAGAAGAAUUUCAGCUUUCCAGUCUUUUCUCACAAUCUGAAAGCGUGUUCCUUUUCCUCUGAGAUUGACUUGUAUGACCCAGGAAAAGCUCCUUAAGACUCUUUAAAGAUUAUCUAUAUCUCUUUGUAUCACCUGAAUAGAUUAUAGUGACGUUUUGGGCACGUUUUAUUUGCUAGAUUUCAACUUGCACAAUACCAUAUCAAAGUAUUGACCAAAUGCCGCUGUGAAGUUCAGAACACUACAUAGCUAGUGCCUUAGUAUCUCAUAGAGAAAGGAGGGCAAAAACAUGGUGGGUUUUUUUUUUCUGUCAUAAAAACUUAACUUAUCUUCCAUUUUAGAUGGAAAUCCUUGUGUGAGAUUCGUCUCUUUACUCUCAUUUGCUAAAUUUCAAUCAGAGAAAUUGGUUCAUUUGUUAAUAAGGUUAACAUAAAAACAACUUUAGCUGAGGGGGUUGUGUACAUCUAAAAAUCAAGUGUGUGUAGAAAUCAAUAGAAUCAACAGAUUGUUGAGAAUUCCAUGCUAGUGCUAAGGCAUUAGAUACCUAUUUCUCGAACUUGUCUUUUUGUUCGCUGAUUCAGUCAGGUCGAUUCGGAGUCAAAUUGCUUUCUCAUUAAACCAGAACCAUGCUAGAUCUCACUCGGACCUGCGUCUUAGACCAGUUGUUUUGAUCUGUUUGAUUACUGUGUUGUCACCCGUCUAAGAAAACACAGUGAGAGGAAGAACACAUCAGAUAAACUCUACAGACACUGCAUAUGUGAAUGUAACCUUAGAAAACAAAGGUCACAUCUAGAACCCUGUAAGGUAGUUUGGUUUCUCUUAACGGUUGUCAUAAAAGCCUUCAGCAGAGUGUUUACCGGUCAUAACUGGUUCCAAAUAGAAACCAUUUAGGUCUUUAAAUGCUACCUGUACAAGAACCUAUUUCUGUCUAAGAGUGUAGGGAGGAUGUUCCUCCUUCCAUUUCUGCUGCUCAGAAGUGUACGUUAGAUUCAGUAUUUUCACAAAAAAACUAAUUUUUGCAAUCCGUGUUCAUAUUUUAUCAUUUGUCUAAACAGCGAUAUGAUAUACUGUUAUCUUGUUCUUAUUAAAUUGCUGACAUUAUGUUUAUUAUUUGUUUUUAAACUCUGACUCCUUAUUUUUAAGUCACUUUGAUUUAAAAAAAAAAAAAUCAUGACAGAAUAUUGAAUAAAUUAAGAAAAAGUCUUCUUUCUGUACCCAAAAACAAGACGGAAAAAUGUCGGCUGAGCUUGUGACCAUGAAGAGUGAUGAUCAUGUUGUUGUACAAAGUAUCACAAAAACAAAUAGGAAAAAUUGCACAAUCACGUCACUGGACCGGUGACUGGUAGAGAGAAUAUGGUAGCGAAUGGGCUUUUAUUAAUCCGUAUAAUUUGGUACAGUUGAUUAUUUGUUAAUUUGAUGUUUGGUUACUGUGUGAGAAUGAAAUGAUAUCCUGUUGUUUCCCUUUUGACCAUCAGCUUCCCUUUAUGAAAUUCUCCCCAUCAUCCCUGUGUGCAAUUGAGUUCCCUCUGAAUCUUAUUAAAUGCAGAUUGUAACUCUG